AAUUUCUUUAAGCCCGCUGCUCUAGAGUUCACUAUCAUGCUUUAGGAAUUUCCUUUUUUUUUUCAUUUUGGAAAAAAAAACAAAAAAAAAAACAAAAACAGUCUGUUACUAUUCGUUUUUAUUACUUCAUUCCCACGAAAGUGGAAAAAAACAAAACUAAUUCUAUAAUGUCACGUUUAGUAUACUUAGUCUUCUUGCUAGCAGUGGCAAAAGCUAGCAGGAACACUUUACAGGAAAAGACUGAAGUCGACGCAGGAAAGCCCAAGUUAGCAGGUAUCAUAGUAAAAGCUAGCAGGAAGACUUUACCCCAAAAUACUAAAGUCGACGCAAAAAAAGAGUCCACGUUAGAAGUCACAAUAAAGCUACCAAGGAAUGUAACCAUUCCGGGAGUCAUAGCAUUUGGGGAUUCAAUAGUGGAUAGUGGAAACAAUAACAAUCUCCGUACAAUAUUGAAAUCUAACUUCCCUCCGUACGGUCAAGAUUUUCGGGGUAAAUUUGCUACCGGAAGAUUUACUGAUGGAAGAGUUCCAUCUGAUUUCGUGGCCGAAAGGUUAGGAAUAGCUAAAACAAUACCAGCAUACUUAGAUCCUGCGCUGAAAGGCAAGGAUCUUCUAAAGGGUAUAAAUUUUGCUUCGGGUGGUUCUGGUUACGAUCCUUUGACAGCUAAAAUAGUGAGAGUGGUAUCCUUAGAGGAUCAAUUAAAAUAUUUUCAAGAGUAUAAAGAAAAAAUAAAAGCAAUAGUUGGGGAGGAGAAAGCUAAAUUUAUGGUGGAAAACAGCCUUUAUCUCGUCGUUGCCAGCAGUAAUGAUUUAGCUCAUACCUAUAUCGCACGUUCUCUCAGAUAUAACAGCACUGAAUAUCCUGAUUAUUUGGCUGAUAUGUCUUCUAAAUUUGUGAAAAAGCUAUAUGGACUUGGAGCCCGAAGAAUUGCAGUAUUUAGUGCAGUUCCGGUUGGAUGUUUACCAUCACGCAGAACUCUUAAUGGAGUAAAGAGAAAAUGCUCGGAAAACCUAAACAAGAUGGCUCUUCAGUUCAAUGCAAAACUAUCUCCAGCAUUGGUGGCUUUACGAAAAAAGUCACCGGGGAGUAAAAUUGUACUUGUUGACGUAUAUGACAUUCUUCAUAACAUGAUUGAAAAUCCUAAAAAAUAUGCUCCGUUAAGGUCGCUGGUGAGGCGGACCUCCAUGACAGCUCUGGAUCCUGGUGACUCGUCGGAAUUGAUGGUGGUUUCCGUCUACCUGAGGACUAUGGAGGCUCGCUAGAGACUGUACAAGUUAGUUUUUGGGAUUUAGGUUUUUGAUAAUUGGCGGUUUUGGGGUGCCCUGGCGACAUCGAAUCUACCAAUGAAGAUGGCGGUUCCUCGGGGUUAGCAUCCUCUUUGUCGUGGGUUUCCCCUCGACUAGAUUGAAGCUGGGCGGCACCCUAUUGUGGAGAUCUAGUGACGACGGAGACACAAACCGAAGGAAACAUUGGGUUAGAGAGUCGGUUCUUCUUCGUGAUACCGACAUUGUUGGCCGCAUGACUCCUCGGAUAGCGGCACACUGACUAUUAACUGGGUCUGGAUCCACCGGUCAGCUUUGGACACACUGACCGUCGAGAAAGACCCUAGACAAUUAAGUAGAUGUUGCUUGUGUCCAUUAGAGUUUGGAGCCUUGGGCUUCAUCGGACUUGCUCCGGUAUGGUUACGAGUCGUCUUUUCCUCAUCUUUUUAUCCUCCUUUCAAGAUUUAAUUUUUGUAGUCUCUUAAUCUCUGUUUAUCUCACGGUGGAUGUUUCUUCUGGUACCGGAAAACUUUAUAUUCUCGGA